UCCCAGCCCCUCCCUCCUGUCCCUCCUCCCUUCUGUCCCUCCUCCUCCCUCCUGUCCCUGCGGCGUUGCCACUCGCGCUGCGCGGAGUCUGCGGGGCGUCGAGGUGCCGGCGGGCGGGUGUCGCAGGGCGUGUCACGAGGUGCGUCGGGAGGCGAGGACGAGGGAGGAGCCGUCUCUCGGCCCCCCCCGCGGUCGGCAGGGCUCCCCGAGAAGAUGGCGGACCGCGCGGACAUGUUCUCUCUCUCCACCUUCCACUCGCUGUCGCCGCCAGGCUGCAGGCCUCCCCAGGACAUAAGCCUGGAAGAAUUUGACGAUGAAGACCUGUCUGAAAUCACCGAUGACUGUGGCCUGGGCCUCAGCUAUGACUCGGACCACUGCGAGAAGGACAGCCUCUCCCUGGGGCGCUCGGAGCAGCCGCACCCCAUCUGCUCCUUCCAGGAUGACUUCCAGGAGUUUGAGAUGAUUGAUGACAAUGAAGAAGAGGAGGAGGAGGAGGAGGAGGAGGAGGAAGAGGAGGAGGAGGAAGAAGAGGAAGAAGAGGAGGAAGGAGAAGGAGAGGGAAAGGAGGGAGGCGGCCCUAGUCCAGAGGCCCCUGCCCGGGAGCCCCUGAUCCCCUCCCCCUCCCUGGAGGAGCCCCACAAGCACCGGCCCACCACGCUCCACCUGACCACGCUGGGACCCCAGGACUCCCUGAACAACAAUGGAGGCUUUGCUCCAGCGCCUCCAGCCUCCUGGCAGGAGACAGUGCUGCGCUCACCCCCCCAGGAGCCCCUCAGAGAGCCGCCAGCACCCCUCCCACCCACAGACGGGAGCUCCAGCGGGGCACAGUCGUCUGUGCCCCCAGGUUGCGACUGCGAAGGGAACCAGCCCGCGGGUCCCCCAGCGCCAGAUGGGGCCUCGCCCUCCUCGGAUCCCGGCAUCGAGGCAGACCUGGGGAGCCGCUCCAGCGGGGGCCGCGGGGACCGGCGCAGCAGCCAGGAGCUAUCGUCCCCGGGCUCCGACUCGGAGGACGCGGCGGGCGCGCGCCUGGGGCGCAUGAUUUCCUCCAUCUCGGAGACGGAGCUGGAGCUGAGUAGUGACGGUGGCAGCAGCAGCAGCGGCCGCUCCUCCCACCUCACCAACUCCAUCGAGGAGGCCUCAUCUCCUGCCUCGGAGCCCGAGCCUGAGCCCGAGCCCCCGCGCGAGCCCCCUCGCCGCCCUGCCUUUCUGCCCGUGGGCCCCGACGACAGCAACAGUGAGUACGAAUCGGGGUCCGAGUCGGAGCCAGACCUCAGCGAGGACGCGGACUCGCCCUGGCUGCUCAGCAACCUGGUGAGCCGCAUGAUCUCCGAGGGCUCCUCGCCCAUCCGCUGCCCCGGCCAGUGCCUGUCUCCCACGCCGCGUCCUUCGGGGGAGCCUGCGUCGCCGGCCGGCGGGGUCCCCGAGACACCAGAGGCAGAUGUGGGGCCAGGCGGCGUGGAGCUGGUGGACAUGGAGACGCUGUGCGGGCCGCCGCCCCCCGCGCCCUCCGCACCCCGGCCUGGCCCCGCGCAGCCCGGGCCCUGCCUCUUCCUAAGCAACCCUACACGCGACACCAUCACACCGCUGUGGGCUGCUCCGGGCCGCGCCACCCGCCCUGGCCGCGCCUGCUCCGCCGCCUGCUCAGAGGAGGAUGAUGAGGACGAAGAAGAGGAGGAUGAAGCCGCGGACAAGGCUGGGCCCCCUGGGAGCAUGGGUGCGGGCCCUGCCGCGCCACUGGACGCCUCGCUGGUGUACGAUGCGGUCAAGUACACGCUGGUGGUGGAUGAGCACACGCAGCUGGAGCUGGUGAGCCUGCGGCGCUGUGCAGGCCUGGGCGACGACAGCGAGGACAGUGGUGGUGAGACAAGCGAAGAAGAGACUGGGGCUGCACUGCUAGGUGGUGGUCAUGGCCCUGGGGACGCCUCCCCAGACAGCCCAGACCUCACCUUCUCCAAGAAGUUCCUCAAUGUCUUUGUCAACAGCACAUCUCGAUCUUCCAGCACCGAGUCCUUUGGCCUCUUUUCCUGCCUGGUCAAUGGCGAGGAGAGAGAGCAAACCCAUCGGGCUGUCUUCAGGUUCAUCCCUCGCCAUCCCGAUGAGCUGGAGCUGGAUGUGGAUGAUCCCGUGCUGGUGGAAGCCGAGGAGGAUGACUUCUGGUUCCGUGGCUUCAACAUGCGCACAGGCGAGCGUGGGGUCUUCCCUGCCUUCUACGCCCACGCAGUGCCCGGUCCUGCCAAGGACCUGCUGGGGAGCAAGCGGAGUCCCUGCUGGGUGGAGCGAUUUGAUGUGCAGUUCCUGGGCUCUGUGGAGGUGCCCUGUCACCAGGGCAAUGGCAUCCUGUGUGCAGCCAUGCAGAAGAUUGCCACUGCUCGGAAACUGACCGUCCACCUGCGUCCUCCUGCCUCUUGUGACCUGGAGAUUUCUCUUCGGGGUGUCAAGCUGAGUCUAAGCGGAGGACCAGAGUUCCAGCACUGCAGCCACUUCUUCCAGAUGAAGAACAUCUCCUUCUGCGGCUGCCACCCCCGUAACAGCUGCUAUUUCGGCUUCAUCACCAAACACCCUCUGCUGAGCCGCUUCGCCUGCCACGUCUUCGUCUCCCAGGAGUCCAUGAGGCCUGUGGCCCAGAGUGUGGGCCGCGCCUUCCUGGAGUACUACCAGGAACACCUGGAGUACGCCUGCCCCACAGAGGACAUCUACCUGGAGUAGCCGCCCGCCGCUCUCCUGCUCCAGGUGCACCUGGAGUUCGCCUGCCCCACAGAGGACAUCUACCUGGAGUAGCCGCCCGCCGCUCUCCUGCUCCAGGUGCAGCUGGGCUGGGGGUGUCUCAACAGGCCACUGCGUGCGGCUUUGGCAAGGACUGGAUUGGGGGCACGUGGACCUGCUGUCCAGGGAGUCUCCGGGGCUGUGCUGAGGACUCUCCUCCUCAUUCCCAGGGGCUGCGGGAGAAUGGAGCCUGCCCCUCCCCACUUCCCCUCUGAUCCCUUCUUCCUCUGCCCCUUGACUUCCCUCCUUUCUCCUCGUGUCUGUCUCUGCCCCUCUCUGUGCCUGCAAACUCUCACCCUCUGCUCUUUACUUUGGGGUCAGAACUGGGAGGGGGGUUUGGAGGAUGGCGAGGCUGUAGGUGGCCAGUGACAUCAGGCUCCUGGGUGAUCCCCUCCUGCCCCUCCUGUGAUUUAUAAAGGAAUUUUAAUUUUUAUAGUGAACCUCAAGGGAUCAUCCCAUCCUUGACCACAAGGACAAAGAGAGGGAUCCCCCAUACCGUCCUGCACGGAGCUCAGGGGGAAGCAGGGAGGGGUUCCCCAGAAGGGCCUUGGGGGAGACUAGGAGUAGUUCUUGAUGCUCACCCCAAGCCCCCAGAUGCUGCUAGGAGGAGGGCACCCUGCCCCGGGUCCCGGCCACACCAGCAUCCGCUUUGCCGCUGCAAACACUCCCCGCAGUCUAGCACCUCAAUAAACUCUCUGCUUGGUGUGACCCUGGCUGUCUCUGGGUGGUGGUGGUUGGGGACAGAUACGAGGCCAGGGGCCAUGGGGACCAAGACCCCAGAGUGAUGGAACUGAGAGAAGUUUCACCCCUUCAGUACUCUCCAAAAUCACACCAGGUGCCCAGUGGUGCCCUCUGGGGCCCCUGGGGAUUCUCCCCAAAUACACUUACUUGGCCAGCGAGGAAGCUGAGGCUGGAGAGGGAGGGCCCUGCCAUGCGAUGUGUGUUCCUUCCACCCACAGUGGAGCAGGUGUGCAAGGGAAGUUGGCAUGGCUCAGAUCAGUGUGUGCAUACUGUGUCUGAGUGAGCAUGUGUGUGUGUGUGAGACAGCAAGGGUCAAUCUGCUUAGAUCUUAAAAUUAGUAUUUAAAAAAUUCUUCACAGAAGGAGCCGGCCCGGUCGUGCAGCAGUUAAGUUUGCAUGUUCCACUUUGGCGGCCCGGGGUUCACCGGUUAGG